AUGCGCUCCCUUUUCCUCUUCGGCCGUUUCACUGGCCGGAGAGGCUUUGUACAUUUCUGCUGCGGCAUUCCGCGUCGUCAACCGUCAUUCUCCAGAUGGACCCGAAAAUACAGCCUCAAAGAUCCCCGUCAACGGCGCAAUCCUACCCUCCUUGCCGUUGCCGCCCUCUCCCCUAUCGCCUUCGUCGAAUUACGUGAGAAUCACACUGAAGAGGGCCAGACAGGCGAAAUGCAGAUGCAGGAGGUGUCUCGGCAGGAGAUCAGCCCCCCAAUCCCAGAAGACGCUCACGGCCUCCAGCGAUUGUACAAAACAAUAAUCUAUGUCCUUGAUCAGUAUAUAUACGAACCCCUCGCUACGAGUUUUCGAUUCCUUCAUCUUGUUGUCAUUUUUGUCCCUGUCAUUGCAACCAUCCCUGCCGUGUUCAUUGGCCCACGGAGGAAAGACCGUGAUAAUGAACGGGCCGGGACAAUAUGGUGGUAUGGAUUUUUGGUGAAUUCCAUGGAAAGAGCUGGUCCGGCGUUUAUCAAACUGGGUCAAUGGGCUGCGUCCCGAUCCGACAUCUUCCCAGCCGAAAUGUGCAGGAUGAUGUCGGGGCUGCAUUCUAAUGCUCCUGCUCACUCGCUCCGUCAUACCAAGAAGACCAUCUCCGAAGCCUUCGGUGGCAGGACAUUCGAGGAGAUUUUUGUGGAGUUUGAGGAAACACCCCUCGGCGUUGGAGCGAUUGCGCAGGUCUACAAGGCCAGGCUGAAACCAGACCUCGCCAAGCUCGAAGAGAGCGACCUCGAGAUGCAAGACAAGCACCGACUGAGAGACCGGAUCAGACGGAAUGUUGAUGCACUGGUCAAAUCAACUCCACAGAGGGUCCCUUCGGCAUACGUUGCUAUCAAAGUUCUUCAUCCCCAGGUGGAAAGAAAUGUGCGUCGGGAUCUCCAGAUCAUGGCGGUGUUCGCCUCCGUCAUCAAUGUCAUACCUACGCUGGAAUGGCUGGACCUCCCCAACGAAGUGUUCAACUUUGGAGAAAUGAUGCGACUACAGCUGGAUCUCCGAAUUGAGGCGGCCAAUCUAACCAUCCUCCGCAAACACUUUCAAAAUCGAACUACGGCAUGGUUUCCGUAUCCCUACACCGACUUCACGACUCGAAACGUCCUGGUUGAAGAAUUCGCCCAAGGCAUUCCGAUCGCGGCAUUUUUGGAGUCCGGUGGCGGCGUCUUCCAGAAAGAAAUUGCAGACGAAGGAUUGGAUGCAUUUUUGCACAUGCUGUUGAUAGACAAUUUCGUGCAUGCCGAUCUUCAUCCAGGCAACAUCAUGGUCAAUUUUUAUAAGCCCACGCAGCCUGACGUGAGGCUCCCUUACCUCUCCAGACAAGAUCCGACGCAGCCAUCCUCCGCCUCCGAGAUUGAUGAGUCCGAGGCGGUUUUAUCGCGACUGCGCCCACAUAUCGGGAGGAAGGGGGAAUGGACUUCGGCUCUUGCUCAGAUUGACAAAGAAGGGUACAGGCCACAGUUGAUUUUCAUUGACACCGGCCUCGUCACGGAGCUCAACGCCAAAAACAGGACGAAUUUCCUGGAUCUUUUCCGGGCGAUCGCAGAAUUUGACGGCUAUAAAGCGGGCCACCUCAUGAUCGAAAGGUGUCGCCAGCCAGAUGCGGUUAUUGAUGGCGAAGUUUUCGCCCUCAAAAUGCAGCAUCUUGUCCUCUCAGUCAAAGGUCAGACAUUUGCACUUGGCAAUAUCAAGAUUGGAGAUGUCCUAUCCGAAGUUCUCGGCAUGGUCCGAUCGCAUCACGUCCGAAUGGAAGGUGAUUUUGUGAAUGUGGUCAUUUCAAUCCUCCUGUUGGAAGGUAUCGGGAGGACAUUGGAUCCCGAUCUUGAUCUUUUCAAGAGCGCUUUGCCAAUUCUACGACAGCUCGGAUCGUCCGAUCCCGGUGCUGUAUUGAAACGCUUCAAAGAAGGGGACUUUUCUUUGCUCAAGAUAUGGGUUGGUCUGGAAGCACGGAGAUUCUUUCAAGCAAGCGCGGAAAGUGUUGAGAUGUGUGUCAAGUAUGAUUUACUCAGUCCCAAUAUUUGA